AUGUCGUCUGAAUCACUAAAUGUCAUUGCCCUCAUCUCGGGAGGCAAAGACAGCUUUUACAACCUGCUGCACUGCAUUCGCCAUGGGCAUCGCAUCGUGGCCCUCGCAAAUCUGUACCCAGCAGCUGACGGCAUAGACGACCAUGCCGAAGAUGAUCUCAACAGCUUCAUGUAUCAGACGGUUGGGCACGAGGUGAUCCCGCUCUACGCGGCAGCAACCGGACUGCCCCUCUAUCGAAUGCCUAUCCGAGGCGGAGCGCUGCAUCACGAACGGGAUUAUGACCAUACGUCCCAGGAGCAGAAAGACGCUUCAGGCAAGGCCGAAGAGACGGAGUCCAUGCUGUUGCUGCUCGAGGCCAUUAAGGCUCGUCACCCAGAAGCCAACGCCCUCUGCUCUGGGGCUAUCUUGUCGACAUACCAGCGGACACGAGUCGAGUCAGUUGCGCUGAGACUCGGCCUCACCCCUUUGGCAUUCCUCUGGAAGUAUCCCGUGCUUCCAUCCCCAGCAAAUGAGUCCAAGGACGAUGCUCAGUUGUUGCGUGAUAUGGCUGCAGCAGGGCUUGAUGCUCGGAUCAUCAAGGUGGCAAGUGCUGGGCUCGGUGAAGGCCAUCUGUGGGAGCGAGUAUCAAGCAUUGAAGGAGUGACCCGAAUCAAGAGCGCUUUGAGAAAAUUCGGUGCUGCUGAAGGUGCUGCACUUGGUGAGGGAGGCGAAUUCGAGACGCUCGUCGUGGAUGGGCCAUCUUGGUUGUUCAAGAAGAAGAUAUCGGUCCCUGAAGAUGGGCGACGAGUUGUCAACGAAGGAGGAGGCUCGACCUGGUUGAUGCUGCGAGGAGCCCAGCUGCAAGACAAACCUAUUGGCGUCGAUGAUGUCUCGACCCCGGAGUCUUCCAUCAGGGUUCCUGAGUUGCUAGCCCCUGAGUUCCAGACUAUACUGGCUUCAAUCUUAAGCACAAGGCCGGCCGAGUAUGGCGAGAAGGAAGCCUCUCGAGACUCGAGACCACGGCUACUGGGAAAAACAACGUCCUCGACAUUGGACGGGGACGAUGAUACUUUGCGGUGGUCCGUUCUGGCCGACCCUUCUGCAGAUCGCGAUUCUAUUGAAGCGGAAAUGCAGUCUGUGGUUGGCCAGAUCGAAGGGCGCCUUUCCUCCUCAUGCCUUGAUGCGGCUCACAUCACCAACACCACCAUCAUCCUUCGCAACAUGGCAGAUUUUCCAAGGAUCAACGCAGAGUAUGGCAAGCUCUUUAGAAGGCCAAACCCACCAUCACGAGUCACCAUUUCAUGCGGCGCUUUACUUCCGCCGGGUUACAGUGUCAUGGUGUUCCUUACAAUACCAAGAUCAGGGGUCAAUACUUCCAGGAAUGGACUUCAUGUUCAGUCCCGUUCGUACUGGGCGCCCGCAAACAUUGGCCCGUACAGUCAGGCUAUCGAUGUUGCGGUAUCAGCCAAAGCAGGACAGACCGGUCUGCGAGCCAUAUAUAUCGCCGGCCAGAUUCCCCUGAUACCUUCCUCGAUGACCUUGCCGCCCCCAUCCGAUACUAGUUUCGGAACACAGAUUGUGCUCUCUUUGCAGCAUCUCUGGCGAAUUGGGCUCGAGCUGAAAGUCCAGCUUUGGACCAGCGGCGUGGCCUACUUCUCCAAGUCGUCAUCGCCUGAUGAGAUGAAGCGCAACGCUACGGCAUCAGGCCUUGCGUGGAAGCUGGCUCACGGAUCGCCGGAUGAUGACGAAGAUGAUGAGAACGACCUGGAUAUCUGGGACCUCAAAUACAACUACCAACACAUGACUCUGGCGAGCGAUCAGCAGAAGGUUCGCGCACGACUGCCCGACUGGUCAGUGUUCACUCUGAGACAGCAAAACGAGCCGGAGUCGUGCAUCCCCCCUUUCUUCGCUGCUGAAGUGGAAGAGCUACCUCGACAGGCCAUGGUCGAGUGGCAUGCUCAUGUUGGCCUGUCGGGAAUCGAAGAGAGCAGUGCAGAGAUUAUUUAUCACCCAGAAGCCUCAUCGUCGUGCUGGAGGGCAUGGCACGUGCUUGUCCGGACCUCCAAGGCUACACUGGUGUACACAACUCUCGCUCGAGUCUCUUCAAUUGAACACGACAUUGUCAGCUGGGACGCUCUGCAACAAGACCUCGCUGCUGCAUACAACAGCUCAGUCCGAGCCCUCGAAGUACCCCCUCCAGCACUGAAUGCAACCCCUCACCUGGCCUAUGUCGAGGUUGGCGGCGUGACAGCGCUGUGGCCGGAAGUCGGCGAUGCUGGACCGUCGGUGCCAUUUGCGACGAUUCCGUGCCAUACGAUCUGGUCUGCAAAGGGAGAGAGGAUAAAAUGCGUGGCAAUGUACAAGGCCACUCUGGGACUACAGGCGGAAGAGUAA